CACUGGCCAGUGAGAAAUCCUUAUCUGACUGUAAAAAGGAACAGCAAUGGAAGCCUCCGAUGUACAGUAGCCUGGCACCGGUCUGCUCGACGGGACCACUGACUGAGAAACCGGUUGGCAAAGAGAGCAUGCCUCAGACUCCCCCCUUUUCGGCAAUGUUCGACAGCAGUGGAUACAACCGGAACCUCUAUCAGUCCUCGGAGGACAGCUGUGGAGGGUUGUACUACCAAGACAACAACCUCCUGUCCGGGUCCCUGGAAGCACUUAUCCAGCACUUGGUACCGAACGUGGAUUAUUACCCAGAUAGAACGUACAUAUUUACCUUCCUGCUCAGUUCUCGGCUGUUCAUGCAUCCGUAUGAACUCAUGGCCAAAGUCUGCCACUUAUGUGUGGAGCACCAGCGGCUGAGUGACUCGGAUGGUGAGAAGAACCAGAUCAGAAAAAUUGCACCCAAGAUCCUCCAACUCCUGACAGAAUGGACAGAAACAUUUCCUUAUGAUUUUCGGGAUGAGAGGAUGAUGAGGAACUUAAAAGAUCUGGCUCACCGGAUAACCAGCGGGGAGGAGACCUACAGGAAGAACGUCCAGCAGAUGAUCCAGUGUCUGAUCCGCAAACUUGCAGCCCUCAGCCAGUACGAGGAAGUCCUGGCCAAAAUCAGCUCCACAGCCACGGACAGGCUCACAGUCCUGAAGACCAAACCACAGUCCAUCCAAAGGGACAUCAUCACUGUCUGCAGUGAUCCUUACACGUUGGCGCAGCAGCUGACUCAUAUCGAGCUGGAGAGGCUCAACUAUAUCGGGCCAGAAGAAUUUGUUCAAGCCUUUGUGCAGAAGGACCCUUUGGACAAUGACAAGAGUUGCUACAGCGACCGGAAGAAAACGCGGAACUUAGAGGCGUAUGUGGAAUGGUUCAAUCGCCUCAGCUACUUGGUGGCUACAGAAAUCUGCAUGCCUGUAAAGAAGAAGCACCGAGCAAGAAUGAUUGAGUAUUUCAUUGACGUAGCGCGGGAGUGUUUCAACAUUGGCAACUUUAAUUCCUUGAUGGCAAUAAUUUCUGGUAUGAAUAUGAGCCCGGUCUCUCGACUAAAGAAAACCUGGGCCAAGGUGAAGACUGCGAAGUUUGAUGUGCUGGAGCAUCAAAUGGACCCUUCAAGCAACUUCUACAAUUAUCGAACAGCUCUGCGUGGGGCUGCACAACGGUCACUGACUGCUCACAGUAGCAGGGAGAAGAUUGUGAUUCCAUUCUUCAGUCUUUUAAUCAAAGAUAUUUAUUUCCUCAAUGAGGGCUGUGCCAACCGCCUUCCAAAUGGACAUGUCAACUUUGAGAAAUUCUGGGAACUGGCUAAACAAGUGAGUGAAUUCAUGACUUGGAAACAAGUGGAGUGCCCGUUUGAGAGGGACCGGAAGAUCCUGCAGUACCUACUCACGAUGCCUGUGUUCAGUGAAGACGCUCUCUACUUGGCUUCCUACGAGAGUGAAGGGCCUGAAAAUCAUAUAGAGAAAGACAGAUGGAAGUCCUUAAGGUCCACCCUGCUAGGCCGAGUUUAACAGAGGGGACACGGAUUGCUGCACCCCAGGACCUUGGAGGGGCUCGUCUUUGUUUUCUGGCUUCUUUAGAAAAUCCUGGUGUCCCUGCAAGCAAACCUCACUCAAGAGCAGCUGGGAAACUGAUUUCCCACAGCUGACAGCUUGACUCUGACUUUGUGAGACUGCUUCAGUGUUCACUGAAGACCCUUGAGGAAGAAUCCUCAGGCGUUCCCAGCUCCCAGCUCGGCUCAUGAUUCAUCUCCUGGAAUUUCCAUGUGAAUCACAGCUCUGCACCUGGAUGGAGCUUUUUUGUGCGCGCGCAGGCGUGUGUGUGUGUGUGUGUGUGUGUGUGUGUGUGUGUGUGUGUGUGUGCACACUCACACCCGUGUUUUUUGGGAUUUUUGUUUGUUUGUUUGUUUGGGUUUUGUUUCUUUUUUUAUAUAUAUAUAUAUAUUUGGUUGAACAUUUGCUGCUAACGGGACUUGUCCAGCUGAGUGCCGGCCCUGAGGAAGCCCAUAUUUCUUUGUUAACUGAGAAAGGGAGAGGGCAGAAGGGGAAACCACGCACUUAGAUCCUCAGCUCAGCUCCGUCCUCUUGCUGGAAGGCUCGAUCCGGUGUGUGCGGGCUCAGGCUGUCCUCCGUGUGUGCUGUGUCGUGAAUCUCGCUCCCUCUUCAGACAAGGUUUUGAGUUGGCUGCUGGCUAGCAAACUCCUUUUUACCCACAUAAGUUAUUUAAUAUAAUGAUGAAGCUCAACACUGUGGUAGGAAAAUAGCCACUAGUAAAAAAAAAAAAAAGAAAGAAACUAAAUAAAAGAAGCAGCGGAGUCUGACGGGGGACCGUUUAACGUUCUAGAAGGACUUGGUUCUCCUGUGCCCUUCUGAGCUGUUUACAACUGACCACUGUGUUCCACAGAUGUAUUUUUCAGUAAUAUAUUUUUUUUUCUUUUUUGCUACUUAGGUUUCCCUAGCGCCUUUUUUGCCCCCCUCCCCCCUUGUAAAUUGAAGUGAUCUGACUUUAAGAGUCUUGGAAAAAAACCCACAGCCUAAUUACAACUUAAUUUUUUUAACAGACUGCUAUUUUUUAUUAGUUACAUUUUAGAGUCUGUUGGUGACUAAACUUGUUGAACAAAGAGUAAACUGGAGAAGGUACCACGUUCCACUCUCCCCCACCCCACGGCAGCAGUGAAAAAAGCAGUGAACAUAAGACCUCUUGCUGUAAACAUAAAGGUCAACCUAAUUGUGAAAUAGUUUACCUUGUUAAACAUCUCAAUAAGUCUGUAGUUGCUCUGCAAAUGGCCAUUUAUAUUUAUUUACUCUAAUAGGAACUAUAGAGUAGUAAACUGUGCUAAUGAAAAAAAAAAUGAAACAUGCAACAAAACCUCCUGUUCAAGACGGAGAUGUGUUUGAAAACUCUCUGACAUGGUUUCACAACACAGAGCACGUCUGUUUACUGCACGCCACCUUCAGUGGACCUAAAAUGUCUACCAGUUGUCCCUUUACAACCAUCAAUAUAUUUUACACUCUGCAGCCAGGAGUUGUGGUGUCUUUCUUUAAAUGUAUUUUU